GGUCUUGAUGGACGACGCUUCAAUUAAAGGGAAAAAGUUCGUUUUAACCGAAAGUUCACUAUAACCGAGUUCAUUACUGUAAUUAAAAUUGGGCGUAAAAAACUAUAAUUUUUAUAGCAAAAUUCUUUGUUUUCCAUUAUGAACAAUGCAAACAGUGCCAACGAUCAAUAUUUUCAAAUGUUCAAACAGCAGCUUCUUUAAGUUCAUUUUGGCAAUAAAACUAACUCGAAUGUCGCCAAACUGAAAGGCGUGCUUAUUAUUUGUUACUAUGGAAACAAUGCCGUGUAGUAUUUCCAUGGGUCACCUCGAUGAACCUAAUGUAAUAAAGUAAAAAUCAUUCGCACACUUUAUUUGCGAAAAAACCUAUCGAUGUGACAUAUUAAUUAAAUCGCAAUAAAAAUUUCUAUUUAAUAAAUCCAGAAACGCAAAUGGGUUCCUUUUAAAAAACCACAGCUUUUGGUCAUAUGUCAAACAGUGACAGUUAAUUCGUGAAAAUGUCUCUUGUCAUUUUAUUUAAAACGCGAUUGCCUAAAACUUUUCUAUUUAAUGACAUCCGGUGACAUUAAUAUUGACGGGACUGGGAGUUUGAAACAAUCAGUUUCUUUAAAUAUCUCUUGACAGCUGCCAAUUUUUUUUUGAGGAGAGCAAAAUCUUCUCCAAUUUAACCUUCUGCGUAUCUGCUGCAGUUUCCAGGAUCCCUGUAGUAGAAAAACAUCAUCCCAUCGUGAUUUUGCCAAAUUUGCGCGUGUUUCGACUCUAAUAACACUCUCGCAUAUUUUGCAUGCUUUUUUAGCAGAACCGAUGCGCUAAGAGCGCAACGAUCCAUACCCAAAAAAAAAAAAAACACUAUACAGGCCCUUGGGAAAACACAGUUGACUCGUUCCAGAUUUUAUCUGCUUCAUCAUAAAUUUCCUGCAGUAAUAUUGGUGGAACAUCGCUCUGAACAGCUUUUGCCAUAAAGCUUUCAGAUUUUCCGCUUUGCUUUUGUUUGCUAUGCGUUAAGGUAAAUCGAUGUGGAACAAAUCGCUGCUGUUGCAGGCAAUCCUCUCAUUUGUAAUUGCAAUGCCGAAGAGUUGUGGGAAUGGUUCAAAGACCAUCGCAAGCAGAUGGAUCAGUCGGGCGAUCAACUGCUGAAAUGCGAACAGCCGGCUGAACUUCACGGGAGAGUUUUCGUGGAACUCGAACCGAAGCAAAUUUGCAACCAACCGGUUGUGGUCAAGUUGGGCAUCCAGGAUAUCCAGCCGUUUUCCGUUGUGGUCUCCUGGCAAAGCCGGGACCAUUCGGGAGUGCAUGGAUACCAAGUGGCUUACUAUUCGGUCGAUUCUCUGAAUGAGGUAAGAGGCAAGAUCCUGAGCCAAUCAACGCGUUCCCUCAAGCUCACCAGCCUCUAUCCGGGAACAAAGUAUCGCAUUUGCGUGCUAGCACUGGGAAAUUGGGCAACGUUGCAGAGUAAAGCAACAUCGCGACUCAUCAUGAGGAAAGCGUCGCAGGAGAACUCAACGAUUGAUGAGUUUGAUGCGAUGCAUAAUGGCAUUUUGGCUUUUCUGGUAGACACCGCCACCACGCGAUGCACAGAGGUCCUCACGUUAGGAGCGCCGGAUCUCAGUGUGCUGCAGGACCACUCCAUGGGGGUCCAGUCGCUAUUGACGAGAAGACUGGGCCUAAUCGUUGGUUGCUGCCUAGGAUUCGUCGUCUUUGUUUUCCUCGUUUCGAUCCUAGGCUAUCUUAAGGUGGGUAUUUUUGGAAAAGAUUAA